CUUCCCUCCCUGCUAUAAAGGUCUUUUAUUAGUCAUUCUUUUCUAUACCCUUCACUUUAUUCUUAAUUCUUCUUCUCCUUCUUCUUUGUACAAGUGUAGGUUUUGAAGAGCUGAAAAAGUGAAACUGGGUUCCUAUUAUUAUUAGAAGAAGAAGAAUGAACGAUUGGGCUGCUCCUCUGAUAGCUGCUGCACUGUUUGCAUUUUUAUCACCAGGUUUGGUUUUCCAAAUUCCAGGAAAGGAAAGACCGUUUGAUUUCAUGAACAUGAAGACUAGUAUAGCUUCAAUUUUUGCUCACUUGGUUAUCUAUGGUUUGUUUCUUAUUUUGUUUUUUGUGGUUCUUCAUGUCCAUCUCUACGUCUAGGUAGCUCACGAGUGAUUACUUCUGUUUCAUGCUCUACUAGCUAGCUAAGAGCAGGAUGAUGUUAUUCUUCUCCAUUUGUCAAAUGAGAACUGAUUUGGGUGAAUAUAUAGAUAUAUAUAUAUAUAAAAUUCCUAGAAGGUUACUUAUUA